AUGAGCAAGUUAAAUGAGUUCUUUGAAAAAAAGAAACAAAAGUCUAAGGGUUUAGGAGACUUGUCUGGUGCCAAGAAACCAAUUAUAGGCGGACUGAAGGCAGCUACAGGUGACCCAAAUAUAUCAUCAGUAAUAUCAGAGGGGAAUAUAGACGACUGGUCUAUUAAUGCUGAUGUGAAAGAUACUACCGAUUUUUUUAUCUCAAGUAAAAAUUUAUCAGUGGAUGGUUUAAGGAAACCAACAAAUUCUCAAAUGGUAGUGGCAGUAAAGACAUCAAAGCCUGAUUUUGAUUCAAAUAUAUGGAAAUCAAAGACAGGAGAUUCUUCAGGAACAAAUGGAUCAUCUUUAAUGGGGAAAAAUUCAGGUGAAGAAGAGGAUAGAAAUAUAACAAAUAAUGAGGAAAAAGAGAAGCCAAAAGAAACUUUGAAGUAUAAUGUAAGAGCAAGAUUAGCAGCCAGAGGUCAGAAAGUUGAAUUUUUGAAUACAAAGGAGGCAAUCAAUUCAAUGCCUACGUUAGCAGCAGCAGUAGCUAAUACAAACAAGCCAAAGGGAUCAAAUUUAGCUCCAUUACAUCCUGUUAGUUCUCCAUUUCACGAUUCCAGUUCAGCAGCAACAACUUCUACUGUUAAUGUGGGUAAGCAAACUGCAGCCAGUUCAGAAAUAGAUCAUCAGCAAAAAGAAAGUUUCUGUGAAGAAAACAAUUCGGAUCUUGAGAAAGGAAAGCUUCCAGAAAGCGAUUCAAAGAGUGAUUUAGAAAUGAUCAAACAACUAAGAAGCUGCAAUUUAUUAUAUUUCAAUAAGGAGGUUUUGUUUAAUUGUAUUGUAGAUAUUGAGCAAAGCAAACUAAAGUACUCAAAUAUUGUUAGAGACUUUUAA